GGGCAAUCGUCAUAUGGCAACGGCGGAAGCACGACGUGCGACUUUCCAAUAUUAACUUACCCAAAUUAUGUACACAAUUAAAAUAUAAUAUCGAAAAUCGUGUUGCUACAAAAUAAUAUUUUAUUUGAUAGUCCUUACGAGUUAAAGCCCGUAAACCUAAAUAAUUUUCAACUGACCAGGCGUACCCGUGUUUAUAGUGAUUAUCGACUCUUAUCGCAAAAAAAAACGKCGAAAGCGUCCUCGACCACAUCGACAGCCCGCCUGAUAUGAGCUUUGGCGGCGAUGCGGUGGCUGUGGACACGAUCGCCUGUAGAGACGGUAGCGCUGGCAGCAGCUUGUCCGACUUGUUGGCCGGCUCACUGGCCGGCGUGGCCGUCGUGCUAGUCGGCCAGCCACUGGACACGGUCAAGACCAAGCUGCAGACGUUCCGAGGUCUUUACUCCGGGCCCGCCCACUGUCUGUCGCAUACGUACAGGAAGUCCGGUCUACGGGGUCUGUACGCUGGUUCGUCACCGGCCAUGGUGGCGGGUGUGGCUGAAAACUCGGUGCUGUUCGCAUGCUAUGGCUUGUGCCAGCGAGCGGUCGCCGCGGUCACCGGGGCCCAGGACGCCAAGCAGAUGGACGCCCUUAGCAACGCGGUGGCGGGAUGCGCAGCGUCCGUAUUCUCAUCCGUGGUCCUGUGUCCUGCAGAACUGGUCAAGAUCAAGCUGCAGGCGGGUCGUGAGCUGGCUGAAACCCGCGGACAGCGGUUUCAAGGUUCCGUGUACCGCGUUACCAAGGACAUCGUGAGGCAUAAUGGCCUUGGAGGUUUGUUUCGUGGACUGGAAAUGACAGUGGCUCGGGAGAUGCCCAGCUAUUUUUGCUUCUUCGGAGUGUAUGAGACGGUCCGGGAGGCACUGAAACCUGCCGGUCGAACUCGUGCCGACUGUGGGCURCUGGCAACCACGGUGGCCGGGGCUGCUGGUGGUGUGCUGCUAUGGACUGUCACAUUCCCGGUAGACGUAGUCAAGUCUCGAAUACAAYUGGAUGAUGCGAUGCCCACACGUGGCUGGACCAUGUGCAUGUUGCACGUAUAUCGAAACGAGGGCGUGGUCGCACUGUACAGYGGACUGGCACCAACGCUCAUCAGAUGCAUUCCAUCGUCAGCCGUACUGUUCCUCGUCUACGAGUACACCAAAAAGCUGUUCGAYACCUAGAUGAGGAGGGAUGGAUGACAUCGAAGAACUCCAGAACGCCUCACAGAACGCACAUAAAGUUGAGAAUGGAUUCUCGAACUCUCUCGUACAUCCCAAACUUCCAAGAAUUUGAAAAGUUCGAAAUUCGAUUAAAAAUAAUAAUCGAAAUCAAAUACUUAAAAUUUAAACAUUUCAAACAAGUUUGAUAUCGAUAUUACUCUAAAUUUACGUAUAAAUAUUAUAAUAACAACCAUUUUUUACGCAUUCAAUUGUGUGCUAAGGAUGUUAAUAAUUAAUAUUAUAUAUUUUUAACAAAUAUUGUAAAUUUAUUGUUUAAAAUUAAAAUGGACUCGUGAAUAAAAUUUAAAAGUCGAAAGUUCAAAUGUUUGAUAAAUUUGAAAAAAUUAGGUAAAUAUUCUGUUUCCAGUUCAUACAAAUU